AUGUAUCCAUCUUCAGGCAUCGAAAUAAGUCGAGAACAGUCGUUCAGGUUACGACCUAUCAGUAAAGUUGAGAGUUUCUUGAUGAAACAUUUUUGCCUGAUAGGCAAUUUAGAAGAAACGGAUAGCGAGUCGGAGGGUGGAGACACCGAUGGUGCCAGGCCCAUACCAGACGGCAGAUUUGGCGAUCUUGGCUGGUGUGACUGUGGUAAUUGUGCCUUGAUGGCCACUGUAGAAGAAUGCCUAUGUUGUAUGGAGGUGCCAGCAGCUAGAUACAAGGCCGACAUGGCAGAUGAUGAGUGUGUGUCACAGCACGAGGGAUUUAUUGUAAACUGCCUCAACAUGCAUGUCUUGGAGUUGGCCAUGUUGGACUAUGUUCGUAUGGACAGACCACUCGAUGACAAUGAUCCCAUUCACGAGACAUACAGAUAUGUUGCUUAUAGACGAUUUGCGAGAUGGAUUGGUCAAAGAAAUCGCCGUGUGCUUCCUGCAUGUGUUGUUGUGAAGAUUAGAGACAGUUUCCCAUCAGAAAUCUACACCGGCUUUCAAUAUGCUAGACCAUAAAUAAAUUAAUAAAAAUGUUCAUAACACUA